GCGGGAGCCCGGGGCCCUGCGGGCCGUGCGAGAGUCAGAGGCGGAAGGAGCGGAGAUGCGGCUGCUCUCCCCGCGCUGCUGAACCUCCCGGCCACUCGCCCGGAGGAGGGAGGGCAGGAAGGUCCGUCCUUCUCGCCGCGCCGCGGGCGCGAAGGGUGCCCGUGCAGUCCCCUCCUCUUGCUUUUAUCCCAGCCCCGGAGCAGGAGCCGCCGCCGCCGCCCCCUCUCCCUUCCUGCGCUCUUCCCACCAUGAGCGGGGCUGUUUUCACCUUAUAAAGAUGGCGGUGUGGGAUCGCUGCAACCUUUAGACUCAUGACUGUCAGAAACAUCGCCUCCAUCUGUAAUAUGGGCACCAAUGCCUCUGCUCUGGAAAAAGACAUUGGCCCAGAGCAGUUUCCAAUCAAUGAACACUACUUUGGCUUGGUCAAUUUUGGGAACACCUGCUACUGUAACUCCGUGCUGCAGGCAUUGUAUUUUUGCCGGCCAUUUCGGGAAAAUGUAUUAUCAUACAAGGCCCAACAGAAAAAGAAGGAAAAUCUCUUGACUUGCCUAGCAGAUCUUUUCCAUAGUAUUGCUACUCAGAAGAAGAAAGUUGGAGUUAUUCCACCAAAGAAGUUCAUAUCAAGGUUACGAAAAGAGAACGAUCUCUUUGACAACUACAUGCAGCAGGAUGCACAUGAGUUUUUAAAUUACCUGCUCAACACCAUCGCAGACAUUUUGCAGGAGGAGAAGAAACAGGAAAAGCAAAAUGGGAAACUGAAAAAUGGCAACAUGAAUGAAGCUGAAGAGAACAAUAAGCAAGAACUCACCUGGGUGCAUGAGAUUUUUCAGGGAACACUGACUAACGAAACUAGAUGUUUGAACUGUGAAACCGUUAGUAGCAAAGAUGAAGAUUUUCUUGACCUUUCUGUUGAUGUGGAGCAGAACACAUCAAUUACACACUGUCUAAGAGACUUCAGUAACACAGAGACAUUAUGUAGUGAACAGAAAUACUACUGUGAGACUUGCUGCAGUAAACAAGAGGCACAGAAAAGGAUGAGAGUAAAAAAACUGCCAAUGAUUCUUGCCUUACACCUCAAGAGAUUCAAGUAUAUGGAGCAAUUGCACAGGUAUACUAAGCUGUCUUAUCGUGUAGUAUUUCCUCUGGAGUUACGUCUCUUCAACACAUCUGGCGAUGCUGUCAACUUAGAUCGGAUGUAUGACUUGGUAGCUGUCGUUGUUCACUGUGGAAGUGGACCGAAUCGGGGGCAUUAUAUUACUAUUGUGAAAAGUCAUGGAUUUUGGCUCUUGUUUGAUGAUGACAUUGUAGAGAAAAUAGAUGCUCAAGCUAUUGAAGAAUUCUAUGGUCUGACCUCUGAUAUAUCAAAAAAUUCAGAGUCUGGCUAUAUUUUAUUCUAUCAGUCAAGAGAGUGAGUGACUUGGCAAACUGUGGCAGUUGCGCACAAUGAUGCUGCACGCAAAAGAAGGUGAUGGCCCCCCUUAACUGACUUUUACACAGACCACAUCUUGUAUGGUUGAACAACGAUACGCUCUGUCUCCUAUUAAAUGGUCUGUGUGAUAUUGAC